AUGUCCAUCUAUUCCCAAGGCCACUACGCUCAACCCUCCUACUCCCACAAUUACUCCCAGCCACCCGUCCAUGGCUACCACUAUCCGUACCCUCCUCCACCAGCGGCGGCGCCUCCAGUCUACCAAGUUGACCCGGCUACUUUUCGCCGGGAUUUCACCAAUCGUCUCGCAGAGCUGACAGUAAAUUCGAGGCCGAUCAUCCAGAACUUAUCAAUGCUAGCUCAAGAAUACUCACGAUUCGCAGAAAUUGUAACGCAGUCGUUGGAGGCUCAUAUACGCAGGGUACCGCCUUGGAUGAAGCUUCCUGCAUUUUAUCUCAUGGACGCUAUUUCGAAGAAUGUCUAUGAUCCUUACGCUCGCCAUUUCGCGUCUGUGGUUAUGCCACUUUUCCUUGAAUCAUAUCAUCAGGUCGACGCCGCAACGCGAAGCAAGAUGGAAGAGAUGCUGCUUACUUGGCGAACUGGAUCCCCAACCGGGAAAGAGCUCUUCGGCGUUGCUCCACAAAUUGGUAUCGAGCGCGGCGUCUGGGGCGACGGAAGCUCAAGUAGCAGCUCUGGCUUUUAUUCCGGUUCUGGCCAAAUAACGAAGGCGCAAGUCCUCAGCGAACUGGAAUUCACUCUUGGACAGAAGGAAAGAAACCUGCAGAGCAACCCAUACGAUUCGGCGUCUCGUAACCACAUCAACGUUUUACAUCAACUGCGAAAGCUCGUCGAAGUCGGCGUUUCUCAGGACGAGCUCCACCAAAUUCUUGCUCAACUACGAAGUCUCAUGAAGAAUGCCGCUCCCGCCCCUAAUCCCGUCCCACCUCCGCCCGCUCCUCGGCCUCAACCUCAAUGGCAGCCCCAGCAUCAUUACCCAGGUUCAAACCAAGUGCAGGUCCCAACCCCCGCAACAUCUUACGGCUCACCCGCUCCAACAUAUCCUCCGCAAUCGGGACCUGUCAAAGUUGAGCCUACCAUGGCUCGUCUGCCUAUGCCUUCCGCCCCGGAAGCUGCGUCCUCUGUACCUAAUGUCGGUAGUAUUCAGAACUUAUUAUCUACAUUGGUCAAAGCUGGUGUCGUUCGAAAUGGGACUCCUGUCACUAGUGGAUCAGACCAGUCGGAAGCGCCCUCCUCCAACAUUGAGCCCAUUGAUUUAGAGAAAGAGUCGAUGAGGUCUUACCGGAAGAAAAUUCUUGCGCAAAACGUCCAGUUGACAAAUGCCGAUUUGACGAGGAAACGCCUCGAUAUCGUAUCGCUAUUAUACAAUCGACUACCAUCGCAAUGUAAACAGUGUGGUAUCCGAUUUGCUGAUUCGGCUUUGGGGAAGAAAGCUAUGGAGGAACAUCUGGAUAUGCAUUUCAGACAGAAUAGGAAAGCAUCCCAAGGUGUUGGACGAGGGCAUAGUCGCAGCUGGUUUAUUGGUAUAGAGGAUUGGGUAAAUGAUUUUUCGAGAGAUGCCAAAGGCAAAGGACGUGCAGAUGAUGGUUCUCGACCUUUACACCCUCGGGCGGCGGCGGCGGCUGAUUUGGCUAAGCGUGAUGCGGAAUUGCGAGCUCAGUUUGUGGUCGUACCCCCAGGUGAUGAGGCAAAAUCGAUAUCUUGUCCUAUCUGUAAGGAAGCUCUUAAGUCUGAAUUUCUGGAGGACGACGAGGAUUGGGUGUGGAAGAACGCUGUGAUGAAGGACGACCGAGUUUACCAUGCUACGUGUCAUGCUGAAGCGCUUUCCUCGACCAAUACACUGGCUGCCCGGUUGCGGAGUGAUUUAGCCUCUAGGUCUCGGUCUGCUACUCCUGAGGUGAUGCGUGCAACGCCGCCGAAGUCAUCGGCGAAUACGAGUCUCAAAGGUAUAAGGUCGUCACUGUCCCCAACGCCAGAUUCCUUCGCUGGUACGAAGCGUAAGGUUGAACACAAUGAUCCUCUGGUCAAAGGCGAGCCAGACGGAACACCUCCGUUCAAGAAACUUGCACUUUCUACCCCAGCAUGA